CAUGAAUGGCGAUCCAGGAUGUCCGCCGCUUCCCCCGCCGCGCCGCACCCACAUGCAGAAACACAAGGUGCAUGAUAUAGUCGAGUGCUACGAUGCCUUCGCCGGCAGUGGUUUGUCUGGGCCUGAAGGCUCCGUAUGCGCCUCACGAUACGACGAUGCUGUUGCUCCGGUCCACACCGCCCACCCUCGCCAGAUACAGCAUAGUCGCGUGCGUGCGAGAUCCCUCGGGGGCCUGCAGAGUUGCCAGGUGCCCUCGGCGACCUCACCAUCGGGCGUGCUGUCCAAGCGAGGAAGCGACCGCGAUGGCCCGCUGAAACUCGCCCAGGACGAGUCAACGAAUCCCAGCUCCUGUGCAGCAACGCUGGAGGGCGCACGGCAGCCAACGGCGGCCACGAUAGUUCCCAGCACCGCAUCGAGCAUGGUUACUGCUCCCGGCUAUCCAUCAGCAGCAAGUUCCAACCCAAACACACGCGUCAGCUCAAGACGAGUAUCGAUGGAGCAGACCGCAAAGAGGUCACGUCCGGCGACUGGAACACCAUACAACGCAGAAGUUACUCCAGUCAUCGAAAUGGAGAGGAUCAGCGCAUUUGAGCCCGAAGCAGGCACAAAUGUGUCGGUCCAGCCGCCCGCUCCGACCCAGGGACGUCGGAAGAUCGGCGACUGGAUGAUCGGCAAGACCAUCGGCGAGGGCUCCUCUGGCAAAGUCAAGAUGGCUGUGAACUCAAAGACUGGGCAGGUGUGCGUGGUCAAGUGUGUCCGCAGACCCCGCAUGGACGAAUACCACACCAACUCUGGCGGCAAAGUCCAGCGACCCGCCAAAGGCGAGUCUCGCAGCCCAAGUCAAGAGGCGCUUGAGAAGGUGCACAAGCGUGAGCUCUACAUGAUCCGCGAAGCAACACUGAACAUGCUGCUCAACCACGAGAACAUUGUGCGUCUGUUCCACGCCGAGCUCGGCGAAAACCACUUUUACUGCUUUUUCGAGUACCUGGAAGGAGAGGAUUUGGUCGACUACAUCACGCGCCACGGCAAGCUCUCGGAGGGUGUGUCGCGACUGAUCAUCCGCCAAGUCCUCUCGGCAAUAGAGUACGCGCACCGCAACUAUGUUGUCCAUCGAGAUAUCAAGCUCGAAAAUAUCCGAUUCAACCCAAGCACCAAUGUGGCCAAGGUCCUGGAUUUUGGCUUUGCGACGUUCUACUCGACGGACCGCGAGUCGCUGCUCAAGACCAACUGUGGAAGCCCCUGCUACGCUGCUCCGGAGAUCUACGAGAAUGCGGCAUAUCGUGGCCCCGAAAUAGACGUCUGGUCGCUUGGAGUGUGCCUGUUUGGCAUGGCCGCUGGGCGUCUGCCAUUUGACGCAGAGUCCUUCCACUCACUUGCCUACAAGAUCAAGAAAGGCGCUGUGGUGUAUCCCCAGGAUAUGUCCAGAGAUCUUAUCGGCAGGAUGCUUACUCCGUCGAUCGAAAAGCGCGCAAAGCUCGAGGCUGUGAUGACGCAUCGCUGGGUCCUUGAAUCGUACGAUGUACCUCCAAUCGACUACAUGGAGUGCGACAGUAUUGGCAUGCAUCCAAGCAUAUCCAUCGACUUUGUGCGCCGGGUCAAGUGCUCGACCAUCCAGCAGGCCGGUCAACUGUUCAUGGAGGUGCUGGACCGCAAGACGCAUGAGCGUGCCGUAUCUCGACAAAAUUCGGCCACCGAGGGACGGUCAUCGUAUCCUCGACACUCGGUGGACAUUGCCGACACAACGAUUGCAGCAGCCACAAGGGACACAGCCCGACACGAAGCAGUCCACUCCGCUGUGCAAUCGCCUUGCUCGCGAACACCAGCAGGAGCACCCGCUAUGUUGCCUGCGGUCGUGCCCACACGAACAGCCGGGCUGUGGGACACACUUGUCACCAAAAUCCGAAACAGAUUCAGGGUGCAUCCGAUGUUCCGGACAAAGGACGCACUUCACGAGGGCUCAGGCAUCAGGUCAUCGAUGCUGGAUGCCGAUUCAAUGGACCAGGAGCUCGAGAAUAUGACGCCCCAUGGUCCAGCGACAGAAUCCAGAGAGCAGUCGAUCCGAUCGCGACCAGCAAGCGAGCGACAUUUGCACGAAGCCGAUGAAGACGACCCAUCGGACGCGAAAAGCACCGAGGGAUCAGCCAAUCUGCUCAAAUCCAAAUUUGUCAGAUUUCGGUCGGUCAGCCGCAGCGCAGUGCAGGGCUGGUUUGACAGGGCCGCUCGCCGCCUUUCCCAGAAAUGGCACGAGACGAUGGGUUGA